AUGGCAUCAUCCAUAAAGUGGCCACGGCAUACCACCCCCCAAACAAAUGGCCAAGCCAAAGUCUUCAAUCGGGAAAUCAAGCGCGUAUUGGAAAAGGUUGUGAAGCCUUAUAGGAAGUAUUGGAGUACUAAGCUUGUGGAUGCGCUUUGGGCCUACCGGACGGCUUACAAGACGCCGAUUGGUAUGAGCCCGUUCCGGUUGGUAUAUGAGAAGGCUUGCCAUCUCCCGGUGGAGAUAGAACGUAAAGCGUAUUGGACCGUAAAAGAAUGCAACACCGGAUUUAGGGUUGGAGUCGAAAGGAAGUUACAGUUAGUGGAGCUUGAGAACCUUCGAUUGGAAGCCUACGAGAAUUCUAGGCUGUACAAGGAGAAGAUGAAAGCGGUGCACGAUAGAAACAUUAGAAGAAGAGAGUUUAGAGCGGGAGAGUUAGUUCUCCUCUAUAACUCUAGGUUGAGGUUGAUGCCCGAAAAGUUUAGGUCUAGGUGGGAAGGCCCUUAUAGAGUGGAGAAAAUGGAACCAUAUGGAGUCUACCACCUAAGACACCUUUCAAGCCCCAACAUCUUCAAAGUUAAUAGUCACCGUCUAAAGCUAUACCAUGGAGAGAAGAUGAAAAGCAACAAAGACGUUGAGGUGUUCCUUCUAGAGGAUGCACCCGAAGGCGAGGAGAUUUGA